GGAAAGCGAGAGCGUAGUGGAAGUGCGCGGCAAGUCUUUCGCGAGUUAAUAUCAGCUUCGGUUUGUAGAUCAGACACACGCUUUACCAAUGAAAGACUUCCUUGCGUGCGGUGGCCGAUGCACGAGCGUCCUACCGACCGUGAGGAAAGGUACACACAGUAUAUACGGAAAACAGCAGCGCAUGCCGCGUGCGCUGAAUCUCUCGAUUGUCCCGGUGCGUCGCCGAGUGCACGUUGGACGUCACAACAGGUAGUUGAGCGAGGGCAGCGUGCUCCGGCUUGUCCGUGGAAAGAAAAGAGACGACCGGCGGAGCGAGUGAAAGAUCGAUAGAUUUGCACGAGUACGCUGGAAAAAGAAAACACAUCGUUGGUAGGGGAAAUGGUAGGAGAAGUAGGAGCGAGAUGGUCGAACAGAAUACACCAGUGGGAGAGAAAGACGGGAUAUAGUAUCAGGGAGGGGUUCUUCACUGUUGGUCGGAUACCUCUAUACCGUGCCUGUGCACAACUGCCUGUGCUACAGCUUUGAAUCUAACGUGUACGAGACUGGUUACUCACGCGUUCUCUUUGCUCCUCUUCUAUCUCCUUCGUAGACUACGUCCCUCUUUCUUCCUCUUCGGCUGACGUAUUUCAUUUCCCUUCUAUGGGCUCCCCCUAUCUUUAACGCAGGGACGCGUUUCCGUAGUCUGCCGUUAAGUCUUUUCGAAAAGUGAUGCAUAACUCCUGAAAAUUAUUUUAUACAAUUUGACAAUGUCUCUGUUACUUACUCAAUAUUUUUUUAAAUGUAUUAGAGAUCAAAAUAAAUUAGUCUGUUUGUUGUAAACAUUUUACAAUAAAUUAAUGAUGUACGUACGAUUAAACAAUUAUACACGUUAUAUAAAUGCUUCCAAAAUGCUUAAUAAAGUUGUAAAUUGAAGGAUAAGUAGUAUAGUUUAAACAGAAAUCUACUUUUUAUGCAAAAAGCUAUGUAUGAUAAACAUAAUCGCUAAAUUAUAACUGAAAAUAUUCGGCUUCCUAGCUGAAGAAUUACAAACUAUGAAAGGCGUCAGCUAUCGACUGUAAACCAGCUGCAUGUGUUGCCAUCUUCCGCCUAUUUGCCGUAAUAAAAAUUUCUGCUUCGAUUGAUAAAUUGUUAUAAAUAUACUAAUUGUUAUAAAUUUUUAGAUUUUUAUAAGAUAAUUGUAUAUGUUUCGAUGAUUUUAUUGUUUUAUAAAUGUCGUAUAUUAUAUUUUAAUAAUAUAUCAAAUUUAAUCUAUAUGUAUGAAUAUAACCUCUAAAUGCAAACAAGGAGUGUCAUUAUAUGUGAAUCAAAAUAUAUUGUAAACAGUGAUUUGAAAAAUGGAUUUAAGUACAGCAAAGGGUAAUAGAAUUCCCUUUAUACCAGGAACUAAACCUUCAAUAAAAAAUUCACAAUUACUUAUUUCAACUGGAAUUCCUUCUUUAGAUCAUAUAAUAGGUGGCGGAUUACCUCUUGGCUCUUUGUUUCUUAUUGAGGAAGACGAGUAUGGUACAUAUGCGAAAAUCAUGUUACAAUAUUUUAUGGCUGAAGGUGUAACUACAGCUCAACCAUUAUUAAUUGGAUCUAAAGAUGUUAAAACAUCACGGCUUGCGUCAGAUAUACCAGCUGUUAUAACAGAUACAACAUCAAUUAAUCAACCCUCCAAUUCUGAUGAACAAAUGAAAAUUGCUUGGAGGUAUCAAAAUAUGAAAGUAAUUGAUACCUCUCCAACUGGAGGACAAGUUUUUGGUCAUUUCUAUGAUCUUACGAAAAAAAUAGAAAAAGAAGUAAUUGAAAAUGCAAAUAUAACACAAUGGUAUGAUGAUAGUUGUCCAGAAAAGAACAAUUCCUUCAACAAUGCGACAUAUUCAAAUUUAUUAAAAUGUAUCCAAGAAACUCUGAAGAAGGGACAAUACUCGAUCUCAGAGACACCUACAAAAAGACAAGUUCUGAGAAUCGCAAUCCACUGCUUAGGAUCUAGAUUAUGGUGCAGUGAUUCUGAAGAUGAUUCGUGCCAAGAUUUGUUAAAAUUUUUAUAUUACUUUAGAGCACUUUUAAGAUAUUCUUAUGCAGUUGGAGUGAUAACAGUACCUACACAAUGUUUUGAUAAUUCAAAUAUUAUUGCACAACGAAUUGAGCACAUAUCAGAUGUCGCAGUUAGACUGGAAUCAUUUGCAGGCUCACAGAAAGAGACAAAUCCAUUAUUUAAAGAUUAUCAUGGUUUACUGCAUCUUCGGAAGAUGCUAGCUUUAAAUACUAUAGCACCUCAUAAUCCGGAAUCGCGAGAUCUUGUGUUCAAAUUACGUCGCAAGAAAUUUGUUAUUGAGGUUUUACAUUUACCACCUGAAUUAAGCGAUACUAUUCAAAGAGAACAAGAUGAGACGAUACCUCAAUUUGGAUGUUCUAGUCUACCAGAUAAGAACUUGUUAGAUUUUUAAACAAAUAUAAUGCUUGUAACAAUAUAUUUUUUAAGUAACAUUAAAA